AUGGCGAGAGGAUGGCAGACCAAAGAAGCGGCGGUCGAUGAAGCUCUUGGAGGGACCACCGAGGGCAUAUGCGAAGCCGACGGGUGUUGCAAAGCUUUCUUGAGGAGGGAUAACUGCCACCAUUGGAGUCUAGUUAAGCAACACGAAAAGCAACUUUCAGAUGCAAAGCAAGAAUGUGAAGAAAAAUUCUCCAGUCAAGUUUGGAUUGUACAAGCGUGCCUCCUUAAGGACCCAACAGCGCUUUUGAAUCACAAAUUUGUCAAGCAUCUCUUUAAGACACCACUUGCAGUAGUUAAUUCACAUGCAACGGCAAGAAAUAUCCCUCACAUAUCCACUCAACCACAUGAAAUAAACCCAAACACCAAAAAUCACGCAUUUGCCCCUGCCCCCAACACCGAAACGCUCGCCGCCGCGCCGGCGGCGGCCGGCGCCGCCGUGGACGACCAGAAGAACUUUAUCUCGUACGGAGGCGUUGGCGGCUGGGGGGGCGUUGGUGGGUAUGUAGGCGUGCUCCCUGUAUUUGGGGGCGCAGGGGGGACCAGCGGCGCUGGUGGGCUCGGCGGCGCCGGCGGCCUUGGAGGCGCCGGUGGGCUCGGAGGCGCCGGAGGACUGGGCGGCGCCGGCGGGCUCGGCGGCGCUGGUGGAGUUGGUGGCAUUGGGCUUGGCAAAGUGGGCGGCUUUGGUAUUGGCGGCGGAGUUGGUGGUGUGGCCGGAGUUGGUGGGAUCUCACCUUGA